AUGGCGGCGGCGCGGGGCGCGGCGGGCCGCAGGGGUCCCAGGCGGCCCUGCCCCUUCUCCAUCGAACACAUCCUCUCCGGCCUGCCCGAGAGCAGACCCCCGGCCCGGGCCGCCCGCCCGCCGCCGCCCGCCGGCCGCCAGAGCCCCGCGGAGCCGCGGCAGCCUGGGGCGCCCGAGGCCGUGCCCUGCGCCUGCUGCUGCUGCGGCCCCCGCGCAGCGCCCCGCGGGUCCCCGGAGCCGGCCGCCGGCCUGGGCGCGCGGCUGCCGUGGCCGCUGAGGCUGGGGCCCGCGGCGCCUUUGCCCUUGGCCGCACCCACCGCGGGCUCCGGGGCGCCGCCCGGCGAGGGCGGCCCUGGCCCACAGCGGCGCACGCGGCGCCACCGCACCAUCUUCAGCGAGGAGCAGCUGCAGGCGCUGGAAGCGCUCUUCGUGCAAAACCAGUACCCCGACGUGGGCACACGCGAGCGCCUGGCCGGCCGCAUUCGCUUGCGCGAGGAGCGCGUGGAGGUCUGGUUCAAGAACCGCCGGGCCAAGUGGCGACAUCAGAAGCGCACAUCGGCCUCCGCGAGGCUCCUGCCGGGAGCCAAGAAGCCCCCGAAGGAGAGCUGCUGACGGCUGCAGAGUUACUCCUGGGCUCGGUGGCACCCUCUGGGGCCGGCUCAGGGAGAGGACAGACCUACCCUAAUAGGAGUUGGGAGAGGACGCCAGCCUCUAACCUGGUGUCUGUCCAGUUGCCUGCGUC